AAAAGGUAUGGCAAACGUCCUAUCGUCUGACUGAUACCUGCUCUUCAAUUUGCAAAAUUGAGACUCCUGAUAGGGAGCGCUAUCGCGCGCGUCCUGUUCUAGUAUCAAUUUCUAUAUAUGAAAGGAGCUGGAUUCGGUGCACUCCCAGCCCAUCCACGAUAGCAAAAAAAAUUUACUGUGUUCGAUCUCAUUUUUACGGUGUCGAUGCUUCGUCCAUGUGCUGCGUCUUGGUCUCUCUUUUUACACGGCAGCGUCCUUCUUUCACACAGCGAUUUCAAACUUCCUUGCGUCCUUCCUUUCUUUUGAUCCUGACGAUGCCUAUUUUUUUUGGAUCCCCGUCGUCCUCCUUGCAUGCGUGCGCCAGCCGCCCUGCCUCCCUCCGUCCGACCGCCGCCCGCGCAUCGCUCCCUCCACCCCAGCCGCACCUCUCUGCCCGGCUGCGCGCUCACCACUUCGGCGGCUGUAGCCUGGUCACCCCUAGCGGCCUGAUCUGCGGCGAUCCGAUGCAUAAAUUUUCUAUGCAACGAAGUGCCCCAACCAGCGCCGGUGCGCACGGGCCUCUCCGAGCCCGCCUGGAGCCGCGCCUAGAUCCGGUCAAGGGUCCACUUAACCCCUCGUUCUACCCAACUGCCGCCGGUUGCCCGCCGAGCUCGCCGGCGCUGUCCUACCUCCUCUCCUCUGCGUUCUCGAUAUGGAAGAUGAGAUGGCGGCCAAGAUGGUGCGGGAGACCACGGAGGACGGCAUGGUGGCAGGGGUGGAGGCUGAGGUGGCCGCCGGGGCCGGCGAGCAGGCAAAGAUCUCGUGCCGUCAUCCCUGGACGGUUCUCCAAGAUUAGGCCGAUGUGGCCCGCUAGCAGAUGUACAGUGUGCUUACAAACCAGAUUAUCCUUUUGGCAAGGAGAGUACCGCCUCUGGCGCGGGAGCGCCAGGCGCGCCGAUGGGCAACGUGCUAGGCAUGGGCGAGCUGAUGCGCAAGAAGCGCGGCCGUCCGUGCAGGUACGUGCCCAUGGCAACCUGACCCUAGCGCUGACCUCAUCUCCUCCGCCUCCACCGGCGGCACCGUGGCCCCGGCCAGCAGCAGCACCAGCACGACGGGUUCUCCAUCAGCAGCCCCCCGUCCGACCCCAGCGCCAAGCGUCACGACAGCUCCAGCAAGACGAAGCAGCUUGAAGCAUUGGUAACCAGUUUCAUGAUGCAGUGGGGAAGGACGAGCAGUACCUGGUUUUGGUGCUCUCCCCUCAUCUUCCUCACCAUGCAAGGCAAGAUUCACUUCUGAAAUUUAGUUUCUUAUUUCUUUUGGGUGAACAUAAAUUCGAUCCAGUGGAUAGUGGUCGGAUUUGGGUAAGUAAGCAACUCAGUUUGGUGUUUGAAAUUCCUUUAUCUUUGCAGAAGGCAGACGCAAAAAAAGCAACCCAGCCUAUUCCAAAGAAAUAGUCUGAUUCUUGCACCAUAUCAAUGCUCGAAAGGAUUUGUUGUGCUAAUUUGGAGCGGAACCAUGCCCCAUCUACAAUUUAGUGCUUUGUACUUUGUCAUUGUGCGCUAGGUUUAGACUCUAUUUUUUUUCCAACUCAGUUGAAAUCCUUAGCUGUCCACACAUCUUACAAGAAUCAGUAUAUAUAUUGAUGCUUAAGGCCUGUCAUGAUAAUUAGUAGAAAUUCUUCUCAUAUGUACUCAUACAUAUUGCUAGAUUGGCGCCUGCACUUCUUAGGUGAACCUUUAUACUGCUAGAUUGUUUACUGCAACCCCCGACCGUAUUUAUUUGAGCUAACGAGGAAUCGUACAGUUCAACUCGAGCUGAAAGCUCAAUUCGUUGUCAAGUGUGCCGCAGAAUGGCGCCGGCGCCUGCGCCUGCACCUCCAGCAGCGCUGCUUGCCUCCUCUGCUCCAGUGGGGCGGUGAGGCUCUGUUCUUUUCCCUGAAACUUUUUGGGAAACAAGCUGAAUGGUAACUUACAUCCUACUAUCUUCUGCUUAAUUUUUACCUGAUCCUUUGGUACUAUGAACUAUUCAGUUGAGCUCUAAGGGAUUAGAUUAAUCAUGAAUUUAAAGAAGCACUGCAAGUAUAUACCUUGAUCAGAUCUACGCAUCAUGAAAGCUUGUUUACCUAGCUUUUCUGGUUUGUCAUAGCAGACAGUGGCCAUCUCACGCUCACACUCUCCAAAAUUAGCAUUUGCUCCGCUAAGUUCUUCACUAUGCCGGGGGAACAGCUCAUCACUGACAAUAAACUCCAGGUCGAGCAUUUUUUUUUUUUGCAAUGGAGACAUGAAGUGCAGUUCGUGUAUGGGUUUUUGAUUCAAACACUAAGACGAAGCUGUAAAAGACUUCAUACAUAUGCCCAUGACUAGCAUAUUUACUCUGCAAUUGGAGAUAAAAAAGGGAAUCAACUACUUUCUUUAGCCUUUUCAGCGAAACCGCAAUUGCAGCUUUUAAGUUUGGAUAUUUAUGUCUAUAUCAAGAAGAAACCAACACACCCUUUUCGAAUCAUCCAAAGCAGCUUCAACUACAGCUCGUCUUAGAUUAUGUAUACAGGUAUGGUCUACUGAACUUAUCUGAUGCUGAAUAUGAUAACCACACCUCAUCAACAGCACAAAAACGGUGUGAAGAUGUCGGCAUUUUCCAAGCUAUCAAAUUCUGCUAUCUGACAUGGUCAACUCCACCUACACACUAGCUGUUUAGCUCAUCAACCCUCUUUGUCCCCAGCAGUUCCUGAGCUGCUUAAAAUGAAGAUUAUUUAAAUUGUAAUAAAACCGCUACUCUUGCCAGAUGCUUCCGCUGGCCCAAAUACUUUUCCAGUGUGCAUGCGUAUUCUAGAAAUUAUAAGACCAUUGGAUGAAAAA